AUGGCUCCCACCAAGCGCUCCUCCGGUUCAGCACCUCUUGCCCCAAAGCGCCCACGACUCCCAAGACGACCUGAAGAACAUGAAGAUUUACUGACUGACGAGUCUCAGAUACCUUGCCGACCAUUGACUCCACUGCCAGCCCGCACUCGGAGUAGUCAGUCGACAACCGCCCCAAUAGCGCGUAAAGGGCUUCUGUGUUCUACCGACACAUCCACUGGAAGAAGCAGCCCUAGAAGGGUAGAAUUCCAUCUCCCCGAUGGCAAUACUGACAGCGUUGAAGUGCAGGAGCAUCAGGAGGAUGUGCCAGAGGUGGAGGAAACCGCCGAUACCAGUCACUCGGAGUAUGAUGACUCCCCAGAGAACGCCCAGGAGAGCUCUGAGGAGAACCUGGACGACCCGGAGGAGUCGGAAGAACCUCAAGCCUCCACUCAGCAGAGAUCCCAGAGUACGGAGAAGAGGCCUCGUACAGUGCAGCCGACUACUGCCAGAGCACUGGGCAAUGCUCGGAGGAGACCAACCGGAGCGGUAGCGGAGGUUAUUGCUUCCUCCGACGUGUCGGUGGAUGUGGUACAGAGGGGAGCACGUCCGGGUGCAAAGGUAGUACGGAGAGCAGCUCCCACUUCGGCACCCAGCCAGAAUGCAUCCCAGAGAGCACCGCCAAUACCCACACAGUCUAGGCCUUCUGAACCUGUUUAUUAUCAUGAUUACAGCUCUUCGACGCGCCAUAUCGAUCUUUCCUCAUUGCGCUCUCGAUACGGGGAGUCCUCACCUACUUACCGCCCCUAUCGUUCCUCCCCGCCUUUUGAGGGCGUUGGUGAGAGCUCUAUGAGCAGUCCCCGGAUUCCCUCAAGCCCUCAGGUAUAUUUACCAGAAGCGCAACCAAGAGUCUACGAUAUUGCACAGCUUUCGUCGUCUAUUAGGGAAGGAAAUGCUCCUAUAGCAGAAAGCGAGGUUAGUAGUAUUCCCGAUAGCACUGACGACCGCUUUGAGAGCACUGUUAACAUUCAUGCGAGCAACCUAUCUCAGAGAUCCUUGUUACCUAGCUCGAGGAGUGCAAACGUUCUCUCAAUGCAGGCUCAGAGGAUUGAGAAGGAGUGCAGCACGCUAAUCGGGGACCACACUCUUCUACAUGAGCCUUUUCCACCUGCAGCGAGGCUUUCGGUACUGGUAGUGAACAUGUGGGCAGCUGCCAGUCGCAGGGUGGGAUGUGCGGUAGAUAUGGACGAGGUCGUUAUCAAACAGGUCAGAAGUCUACACUCCCGACUCCGUUCGCACUUGAUGCACGAGGUUAAAGGGCGCCUGGCGGAUUCGACCAUCUAUGGGCUUGGAAAGCUCUCGAGUCCUGAGGCGAGGGCUGCUCAAGUAGAGUAUCUUUUAAAGAAUGAUCGCUUCUUGAGCCCUGCGCAGCAUUACGAGACCUACCGUCUACGGUUUCUUGCGCCAGAGAUUAUCGACAUAUUGUACUAUAAAUACUUUGAUGGGGUCAGGAUGCGAGGGGUAAAAGACCCCGAGUUCCUAGAGCGGAUUACCCCUACAUUUAUUUGCCUGAUAUCCACUGCAAUUUGGCAUGGCAUUCGGGCAUGGUCAACGGGAACAUACGUGAAGCCUGACCAUUUCCAGUCACAGAAUGAGAGUGUUGUCAAAACGUUCAACAGGAUGAGCAACACAUGGAAGGGGAGGAGUAGGCAGAAUCAGGAGGCAAAGUUGGAGGUGAUCAAGGAUAACCUCCGGGAGAAGAUACGAGAGAAGAAGGGUAUCACUAUUGAGGUGAUACCGGAAGAUGGAUUUAGCGAGGACGACGAAGCGUUAGCGGCGGAUCUUGCGGCAUUCCGGAAUGCUCGGAGAGCACCCCCGAGUGCUCCAGGGGAUAUCUCCGACAACGGUGGCGGCCAGGAAGAGGUGGUUCAGGCUCAACUUCGGGGCAUUGAAGCGGAAGAGGAAGGCGAGGAGGAUGAAGAUGAGGAUCGCGAGGGAGGGGAGGAGGAAAAGGAUCUUGCGUCGGGCGCCGCUGGAGCAGUCGGGAGUGCUCCAGAAGCAUUAGUGAUAUGCCCAGGAGUCGUCAGAGAGGUUCAGGAGCGGACAAAACGCUUCCUGAGGCGUCGCGAGAGCUCCAGGAGCGUCCAGGAGAUAGGUAGUAGUCUCAGGCGAGAGAACAUUCCGUCGAGAGAGCGUCAGGCGAGAGAGCAUUGCGUCGGGGUAAGCGUAUCACUGUCGGGGCGCGUUGGGAGGGCUAGUGCGCGCCAGGGCGUGUGA